UGACAACACAACAUAACACAAGGAAGAGCCGUUCGUGUUGAUAUUCGCAGCGUAGUAGCUCAUCUUUUUCGUCUAUCCAAACAACAAUGGAUGGAUCUAUCAGGGUAUCAUCGGACAUCGCAGGCGGACCGCCACCUAAUUUCAGAACGAAUGAAGGAUCAUUGGUUUCAGCCCUGAAGACGCUGUUGUUCUUCACCAUCUUAAUGGUCACGCUACCGAUUGGUUUGUACUUCGCUUCAAAGGCUUACAUCUUUGAAGGCUCAAUGAAGAUGUCAAGCUCUGAUAGCUACUUUUACGCCGCCAUCGUCGCUGUGCUGGCAGUGCACGUGGUUCUGGCCUUGUUUGUUUAUGUGGCCUGGAAUGAAGGCACUCCCAAAGGGAAGGGGAAACAUGACUAAAGCGCAUCGCCAUCCCUACAGUAAGACCAGAGCAGAUGCGCAGACCUUGGGAAGGGAUGCUCUUCUCCCCACCAUCACCACUAUCACCACCCUGGCUCAGCACUUCACAGUCAGGGAUUUGGUGUUUGUUGGGCUUGAAUCCGAGGUUAGGGCUAUUGAAGCCACUGGACAGCCUCAGCACGGUCCCUUCUGACUUCUUUACUUCUGUCAACAGAGGGCAGCUCUUGUGUGGAAGUGCAGAAAGUCUCUGUACAAUAAUGUAGCAAAACAUCUUCCCUAUGUACAUCAAGGAGAUUAUUUGCAACAAUUUGACCAUCAGAAUUGCAAGUUUUUUACGCAUGCAUGUUCAAAAUUAAAACAAAAAAAUAGGAUAUCGUUUUUCCCGUAUCAUAAUGUCACACCUCAGUUUUGCGGUCGAGUGGUGCUGUGGCACUUAGAAUUAGGAAACAAUUGUGAUGUUGUGUCAUGGUUUUUGUACAGAUAUUUGCUAAUGUAGAUAUUGGUGUUAGGCAGAAUGACCUCGUUGAAUAAACUUAAAAAUAUGCAACCCCCUCAAA